AUGUCAUCUCAGGCGAAAGUCAAGAAGGACAAAGAGAUUAUUGGAGAAUAUGAGACCCAAGUGAAAGAGAUCCGUAACCAGCUGGUGGAGCAGUUCCGCUGUCUGGAGCAGCAGUCCGAGUCCCGGCUGCAGCUGCUGCAGGACCUGCAGGAGUUCUUCCGUCGAAAAGCAGAGCUCCAGCUGGAGUACUCCAGAGGCCUGGACAAACUGGCCGAGCGCUACUCCGCCAAGAUCCGCACCUCCAGAGAGCACCAGCACUUCAAAAAGGACCAGAAUCUGCUGUCCACCGUGAACUGCUGGUAUUUGGUCUUGGACCAGACCAGGCGGGAGAGCAGAGACCACGCCAUGCUCAGCGACAUCUACAACAACAACGUCAUUGUCCGCCUGGCACACGUGGGCGAGGAUGUCAUCAGACUUUUCAAAAAGAGCAAAGACAUCGGGGUGCAAAUGCACGAGGAGUUGGUGAAAGUCACUAACGAGCUCUACACGGUGAUGAAGACGUACCACAUGUACCACACCGAGAGUCUCAGUGCUGAGAACAAGUUGAAGGAGGCAGAAAAACAGGAGGAGAAACAAAUCGGCAAGUCCAACGACAUAUCCUCCAGCCUCCUGCGUUACGGUCACGAUGAGCGUCCGCAGCGCCGGAGCUCUGUGAAGAAGAUGGAGAAAAUGAAGGAGAAGAGACAAGCCAAGUACUCUGAGAAUAAACUGAAAUGCACAAAGGCCCGCAAUGACUUUCUUCUCAAUCUGGCGGCCACCAACGCCCUGGUGGCCAAAUACUACAUCCACGAUGUCUCAGAUAUGAUAGACUGUUGUGACUUAGGUUACCAUGCAAGCCUGGCGCGCUCCAUGAGAACCUACCUGUCCGCAGAGUACAGUCUAGAGACUUCUCGCCAUGAGGGUUUGGAUUUACUGGAGGGAGCGGUAGAUGCGAUGGACCUCAGAGGAGACAAGCUGAAGUUCAUGGACACACACAGUCAGAUUUUCUGUCCUCCAGCACGCUUCGACUAUCAGCCGCACAUGGGCGAUGAAGUGUGUCAGGUGAGCGCACAGCAGCCGGUCCAGACUGAGCUUCUGAUGCGCCAUCACCAGCUGCAGUCUCGCCUGGCCACGCUGAAGAUAGAAAAUGAAGAGGUGAGGAAGACGCUUGAUGCCACGAUGCAGACGCUUCAGGACAUGCUCACCGUGGAGGACUUCGACGUGUCAGAAGCUUUCCAGCACAGCCAGUCCACAGAGUCGGUCAAAUCGGCCUCGUCUGACUCCUACAUGAGCAAGGCCAACAUCGCCAAGAGACGAGCCAAUCACCAGGAGACCGAGGGCUUCUACUUCACUAAAUACAAGGAGUACUUGAAUGGCAGCAAUCUCAUAGUCAAGCUGCAGGCCAAGCAUGACCUUCUGAAGCAGACACUCGGAGAAGGGGAGAGGGCAGAAUAUGGAACAACAAGGCCCCCCACUCUUCCCCCUAAACCCCAGAGAAUGCGGAAGUCUAGACCUCGCUCUCAUGUUAACCAUAAGCUGUUUAACGGCAAUAUGGAGGCCUUCAUUCAGGACUCAGGGCAGACUAUUCCAGUGGUGGUUGAGAGCUGCGUUCGAUACAUCAAUCUGUACGGUCUUCAGCAGCAAGGUAUAUUUCGUGUUCCCGGCUCCCAGAUCGAAGUCAACGACAUUAAAAAUGCAUUUGAAAGAGGAGAGGAUCCAUUGGAGGAUGAUCAGAGUGAUCAUGACAUCAACUCUGUGGCCGGCGUUCUGAAGCUCUACUUCAGGGGGCUGGAAAACUCACUGUUCCCUCAAGAGCGUUUCCUCGAUCUUAUAUCUACAACCAAGCUCGACCCGGGUGCAGAAAGAGCUCAUCACCUUCAGCAGAUAGUUGUGACUCUUCAGCGGCCUGUGAUCAUCGUCAUGAGAUACCUGUUUGCAUUUCUAAACCAUGUUUCCCAGUACAGUGACGAGAACAUGAUGGACCCCUACAACCUGGCCAUCUGCUUUGGCCCCACGUUGAUGCCCAUCCCAGACGACCAGGACCCCGUGUCCUGCCAAGCGCAUGUCAACGAGGUCAUUAAGACGGUUAUCAUCCACCAUGAGGUCAUUUACCCAAGCCUACGAGAAUUGGAGGGACCUGUGUAUGAGACGUGCAUGGCUGGAGGGGAAGAGUACUGUGAAAGCCCCCACAGUGAGCCCGGAGCUCUUGAUGAGGUAGACAAUGGUACUGGUCCAAACACUAGUGAUGAAGAGCCGGAGCAGAUCGAGGCCAUAGCAAAGUUUGACUACGUGGGCCGGACUCCUCGAGAGCUCUCAUUCAAGAAGGGAGCGUCUCUGCUGCUCUACCUGCGAGCCUCUGAGGACUGGUGGGAGGGCCGGCAUAACGGUGUGGAUGGGCUGAUCCCACAUCAGUACAUCGUGGUGCAAGACAUGGAUGAUGCAUUCUCUGAUAGCCUUCAGAGGACGGACAGUGAGGCCAGCAGCGGAUCCCAACGUGACGACCGACCCUCAUCCCGAAGCGACCGUCAGUCCCCCUGUGAACACACACCUGAGCACCGCUUCGGAGCAGCUCUGGGAAGAGUGAGAGUGCGAUCAGAUGGAGCUGCAGUUCCACGCCACAGGAGCACGGCCGACAGUCACAGCCCCCCCAGAGCUGCAGACCAGCCCCCCCGGGUGAUGCCUCGGCCCUGCAGCCCACGCAAAAUGGCCGUCAGCAGGGGCCUCACGGACAGCCCGGAGAAACGCCGGCUCGCAACGUUUGGCAGUGCGGGCUGCAUCAACCACCCAGACAGGAAGGCCUUCAUCGACAGCCACUCUCAACGCUCCUCGCCCAGCACCACUCGCCAUGCGAGUCUGGGAGACCACAAAGCUCUCGAAGCUGAAGCGCUCGCUGAGGUCAGCAAAAUAACCAGCUAUGUGUUUCAGGACAUAGAGAAAACGAUGAAUACGGCUCUCCACGAGUUGCGGGAACUGGAGAGACAGAAUGUAGCCAAACAGGCGCCCGAUGUGGUUCUGGACACCUUGGAACCUCUCAAACACUCCAGCGGACUCCAGGAUCCACCAUGCAGCCCCUUGCACACCAUGGUGAUCCGGGACCCAGACGCCGUCCAGCGACGUAGCAGCAGCAGCUCCUCCUCCGAGACCAUGACCACUUUUAAACCUGCUCUGUCGGUGCGCAGGCCGAGCGCACCUCUACGGCCCCCGCCUGUCAGACCGGUCCGACCUGCUCCGGUGAUCGGACAGGGGCAGGGACCACACCGCUCCAGCAGCUCGAGCUCCUCUGGUCUGGGAAGCCCAGGCAUCACCCCCACCGACAGGGUCUUCCCCAAAGCUCCCUCCCCGUCGCCAUCAACCUCCUCCUCCUCCUCAGACAAACAAGGUAACAUGUAG